AUGAUUUCGGGAAGAGCAUUGCAUCAUGUGUUACGUUUGGGGAACCGCAAAGCCAAUAUGGAUUUCUACAGAAAAAUCCUUAACAUGAAGGUUUUGAGACAUGAGGAAUUCACUGAAACAUGUGCAGCUCAAUGCAAUGGUCCCUAUGACAAUCGCUGGUCUAAGACUAUGGUUGGAUAUAAGCAUGAACAUGAAUCUUUCGUUUUGGAACUUACUUACAACUAUGGAGUUAAGGAAUAUAAGCUUGGAAAUGAAUUUGGUGGAGUAGUAAUAAAAUCUUCGGACGUAGUUGAAAAUGUCAAGUCUAAUAAAUAUCCUUUUGAGGAUAUUGCUGGUUCCAAAGGAGAUAUUUUAAUUCGUGCACCUGAUGGAUUUAAAUUCUUCAUUAUCAAUGAAAAAGUUGCAGAUGGAGUAGAUCCAAUGUGCUUUAUCAUCUACAAUGUCUCGAACCUUGAUAAUUCUAUCAAAUAUUGGAAUGGAUUGCUUAACAUGAGCAUUUUACGUCAAGACAAUAAGAAAGCCUUACUCUCGUAUAAUGGUGGAAAGUUUGGAAUCGAAUUUAAUAAAAUUGACGAAAAAAUUGAUCGAGGUGAAGCUUACGGAAGAAUUGCAUUUGGAGUUCCAUACACUCUACAGCCAUCAAUUGACGAAUUGAUGAAAAAGAACAGUAAAACAAUUUUAACACCUUUGGUUGUACUUGACACUCCUGGAAAAGCAUCCGUUCGAGUUAUCAUCCUUGCUGAUCCCGAUGGUCAUGAAAUUUGCUUUGUUGACGACGAAGGAUUCAGCCAAUUGUCAGAAUAUGACGACAAAAGUGAGGCUGAUUUGGACAAAUACAUCAAAAAAGAUCCAUUCCAAGAUCAAUAA